UGCUCCUGCCCGUCGUCAGCGGCGCCCGAGCCACCGGGCCCGCCCUUGCUGGGUGCCUCGGUGCGGCUCGCGGCCGACGGAGCCGCGGCGAUCGAGGUCGUCUGGCCGUGGGUGGGAGGCCUCGCGGUCUUGCCCGACCUCGCUCUCGCCGGCUGCCUGGGGAUCGGGAUCCUCGGGGUGUUCUUCGUGCUGUAUUGGUGCCGCCAUGCUGCACUGCCCGAUUCGACGCAGCUUUGUGUGAUCCAAUGGUGCAAGACUGGGUGCUGGGGACGCAGCGGCUCGUGUGGUUCGUCACUGAUCCUGGUUUCAAGCACGAGCGCGUCAUCGUGUGGCCGUGUCACGAGGCGUCUUGGAUCGAGUACACGGGCAGCGGCGACCUGCAUGGGGGGGAGGAGAAGGAUCUGGACAAGGUGUACCUCAUGACGGCGGGCCAGCCGCCGAGGUCUCUGCCGGACUACGGGGCGAAGGUUGUGCCGUUCGCGAAGUUCCCGACGGACGACGAGCUACGCGGGCUGAUCGCGGAGGCCCACGCCGAGGUGGCGUCUCUGUGGGAGUCUGAGCCCGAUCGCCACGUGCCGGCGGACCCGACCUACUUCUUGUCGGAGGAAGUACGCCAGCACCCGCUCCUUCGCCACCGCCUCCCGGGCAAGCAGGUGAGGCGCGAUGGCAAGGAAGGCAACCCACCCGUCGCCGAUGCGGGCGCUGGAGCCGCCGAGUCUGGCGGCGUCGGGGAUGCGGGCGACGGCGUGCUGGCCGCCGACGGCGAUCGUCACCGCUGGCUGGUCACCGAGCCUGGUCUGAUCUGGGAGUUGGGUGCCCUCGUGCCGCACGCAUGCGCCACGACCAGGCUGGGUGACCGCGGCGUCGCCGACAUCGACGGCGAGACGGAGCCAGUGCAGAGCGUUCCUGAGGCCGACGUGGGCGACUACGCGUCCAUGAAGACCUCGGCCUACGAGGUAGCGGUCCGCGACUUCGACGGCGCGCCCACCGACUUCGGGCGGACGUGGCUCGACCUUGGGUCCCGCUCGAACAACCUCGGGCCGGGCCAUUGGGUCAUGCACGAGCUCUCCGUCCUCUGCGAGGUCUUCUACGUGGGGCGCACCUACGACCAGCUCAACAUGCCGUCGCUGGUGAGCUUCAAGAAUAUAGGGCGCCGCAUCCAGAGUAUCGCGGACGCGUACUCGGGUGACCCCUUUCGGCCACAGUGGGCUAACGCGAGGCUCUACUCCGGCGUGGGCUCUGCGGUGGACAUGGUCGUGCCCGAGCUGAAGCACUACGUGGCCAAGAGGGCCAAGGACGAGAUCGAGGUCGAGUCCAAGCGGGUGCAAGCCCGCAGCCUUCCGAUCGCUGCCGACGCUGUCGCUGCUGGCAGUCUUCCUGCCGCUGGACGCGGUCCACCUGUCGCCGCCGCGGCGGGCCAGCCCUCCGAAGGGCUUGCGCGCGGAUCCGCGGAGAUCUUCCCGCUGCCCGACGACUCCAGCCUCGUCGCGGAAUUCUGGAUCCACCUUCAGGGGCGUGCCCAGCGCCGGUUCGCGAGGGACUGGGGGCAGCGUGUGCGUUCACUAAAUUGGUUGUGGGGUGCUGGACAUCGUGAGGCCGCUCGACGUGCUCAAGGCGACGUCCAUCCAUACCGUUUUCGACUUCAACGGGAGGUGCUGGUGCGAAUCGCCCAGGGGGUCCAGAUCUACCUGGACCCACCCUCCGACCUCUCUCCGAAGGAGGCCUUCCAGGGGCUACUUCGAGGCCGCGGGGUCUACGACACCGAGACGGCCUACACUACCCUGGCACCCUACCAACGGGGCGCGGUUUCUCUUCCCUGUGACGUCUCGACGGCCCCGGCUGUGGGAACCUUGGUCACGGGGCGCGCCCUCGAGUAUCUGGUAGAGGCAGAGGAGCAGAUGAUCAGGACUGAUGCUGAGGUCCAGCUUGACCGUGAGACGAAUGGUGAAAUCAAGAUCUACACCGACCCCCUGCUCGCCAAUAGCCGCCGCCGGUACUCCACUUUCGUGAAGGACCUGAAGCGGAAAGGCUUGGUGGGCUUCACCCGCGAUCCCAAGGAGUUCGUAGGUGUUUUCUUCGUCUGGAAGAAGGAGCGCGCCUCCAUGAGGAUGGUGCUCGACUGUCGCCGCUCCAAUCAACGUUUCGUGACCCCUCCUGGAGUCGAGCUGCUGUCGACAGAGGGGCUUGGUCGGAUCGAGUGCGACACGGAACAGACCGGCACGUUGCCCAUCUUCCCGGGUAAAGCUGACGUGAAGGAUUGCUUCCACCGCAUGAUGUUCGGCAACCACCUCUCCAAGUACUUCUGCUACCCGGGCGGCCUGGCCAAGGAGUUUGGCAUCGUCGGGCAGCUGGUGGAAGGGGUGCCCGCUCGCGCGGGCGACUACCUCUGGCCGUGCGCCCUCGCGCUGCCCAUGGGCUGGACGUGGUCGCUCUACUUCGCUCAGGUGGCCAACCUCGGCCUGGUGGAACGGGUCCCCGCGGUCGCGUCGAGUUGCGCGGCUACCGAUCGGGGGCCUCCUAUCGUGCUGUCUCCGACGUCCUCCUGGCACUACGUAUACGUCGACCAUGUGGGGCUCUUGUCGCUCGACGCCUCCUACGUCAAGGGGGCUCUGGCGGACACCGUCGCGGCCUUCGACGCCGCGGGCCUCAUCAUGCAUGACAUCUCGGUGGACUCCGACGCGGCCGAGGCGCUGGGAGUGACGCUCGAUGGCCAGAAGCACCAGACCCUCGUCAACCAUCGGCGCUACUGGAAGGUCAGACUGGGCCUCCGGCGGGCCCUCUCCUUGCGGCGCCUGGCGGGGCGAGAGCUCGAAGUAUUGCUUGGCCACUGUAAAUUCGUUGGCUUGAUGUGCCGGGAGACCCUGUCCGCGUGGCACACCGUCUACACUUUCAUCCGCGAGCGGUGCUGGGCCAAGAGCGACGUGUGGGAGUCCGCGCGUCAGGAGCUCGAGUGCUUUCUCGGGCUGAUGCCGCCCCUUCGCUCCGAGUGGGAUCGGCCGUGGCUCACGCAGGUACUGUCCGUGGACGCCAGCCCGUACGGCUGGGGGAUUGCCAGCUCCGAGUUCGGAGUGUCGACGGUGAAAAAGCAGGGCAGGAUCCCACUCGCCUGGUGGCUGACGGACACGGACCCGGAGACGUCCUGCCUCAGCCUGCGGAUCUACCUCGAUCCGACGGCGUGCCGGCUCAAGUUCCCGAAUCGCCCGAGACCCCUGAUUCUCUCGCCUGCACCGUAUUCCACGAUUGCCAUGAAGCGGACUCGCACCCUGGAGGCGCCGAGCCACACCAUCGCUGGCCAGGAGAGCCGGACGCGAACCCUGCCGCGACCGGAGAUACGCUCGAAGCUGGAUACUGGGAAGGUGCCCAUGGCAAGAGGGUCUCUGGUGACUCUGGCGGCCAAGGGGCCCGCGUGGGCUACAGCAGCAGUCACGGCCGCUGCCACCGGCGCGGCCGCCGACGUGGACAGCGAUGGCACUACUACGGCCGACGAGAUGGAGAAGGGUCUCGACGGCAGGCGGGGCAUGCAUGCCAUGGGUCUCGCCGUGAUGAACGGAGUCAGCUGCUACCUCAGGCCCUCAGAGCUCCUCGACCUUACCUCGGACAACCUGGUGGCCCCGACGUCGCCGGUGUCGCGGUACUGGAGCCUCCUUUUGCAUCCUUCGGAGGAGGAAAAGAGGAGCAAGACUGGGGAUGCGGACGACUCGCCGAUCAUCGACUCGGCCUACAUGCUGUCGUGGGUGCACGACCUCCUCCAGGUCUUGAAGGAGAAGGGCGGCCGGCUGUGGUCCGUCGAUUAUCUCACUUUCUUGGCGGAAUUCAAGACUGUCGCCAAGACGCUGGCCAUGCCGCACCUUGUACCGUACCGGAUGAGUAUGAUUGUGAAGCAGUGCACGUCGGUCGGCAACCCCCUGGAGCACUACAUGACAGGUAAAGCGCGCAAGCAUCUCUCGGAACUAAAAGCAAUCCUCGACCAGCCAGGUGAACGUGAGGAUGAGCCUGGGCAGGAGCAGCAGCCCGCGCUGGAGCCCCUGGCAGAUGCCGCAGCCCCUGCCGCAGAUGCUCCACCAGCUGCGCCGCCUGGGCAGAACGGAGGGGGUGAGGAUGAGAUGGAGGUCGACCGCCCCCUCGUCGUCGCAGAGCCACCCGAACCAAAUCCCGACGACCCCGACGCCGAAUACCACAGACACGUGAACAUCUGGACUUCCUGCACUGACGCAGGGAGCGACGAGGCCAACGCCCGGAAGCUGAUGGGACAGUCUCUCAACCACGACUCGAGACCUAACGACAUAUUCUUUGACGGGAACUGCCUGGCGCAUCAAGCCCACCUGGUCGUGAAAGGCCAGAUGGUCUUCAUGGACAAGAUAAUGUUGGCUCUGGGUAUGAAGAACUUCUAUUGGACCGUACCUCCUAAACCACUGGUGGGCCGCUGGGGGGCGAUAUCCGAUUGCGAGAAGUACGUUCUGAAGUGCGAUCCGAAAGAGGCCCAGAUUGUUUUCAAGGCUGUGUUCGACCCAGAGAAGGAGACCUCGAAAAUUGCAGGCGAGAAGAAAGGCAAGCAGUCUGGCAUCGCCGAGCUGGCCACUGAGGAUAGGGACGAUUAUAAGGAACGCAUGUCGAAAUGGAUUCUCUCUGCCUUCGAAUGCGUAUGCGACCGCAAUUUCUGGAUUGCAAUGAAGAUAUCUCAAAAGCUGAAGGGCCCUGUAGACCACUUGUUCAACAUUAUCAAGCAGAGAAGGGAAUACGGGAUAGAACCUGGAAAUUUGGCGGUCUUGGUCGCCGGGGCGGCCCUCGGCAUGGUCCUCCGAAGAUUGGGGGAUGCAGUGGGCACGACGCUGCGUUGCGAGAACAAGUUCGCGAUCGAGAAACGGGAAGAGAGCCGCGUGGAGUUGAUGUGCCACGACUGUGCCCCGACCUGCGUGUUCGAGGAUAUGAUGGACUUUGUCAACCCGAAGGUCAGACGAGUUCUCGAAUCCCAGGGAGCCCGAAUGAAAUUCGAUGACAUUGUCAAGAUCUUCAAAUCAGGUAUGGCUAUCAAGUCUAAGGCCCGCUGUCGCAUCCACUGCAAGGAGUGCGACGCGCUGUAUUGCCGCUUGCACACAGCAGGUACUCCGUGCGUGGUGUGGUCUCCGCAGGGGCCCCAGGUUGGCGUCGAUGACCUCGAGUUCUUGCUGUGCUUCUUGGCGUGGUGCUCGCAGAGGCUCUUGAUAAAGGAGGACGGGAUCCUACACGAGAACGUGCCCGAGUUCCCAGUCAAUUUGUUAGACAUGAUGCUCGGAGAAUACCUGAUCGAGACCAUCGUGCUCAGCCCCCUUGCGCUGGGCCAUCCAGUGCAGCGUGAACGGAGGAUUACUUGGCUGAGGCACAAGAAGACUGUCACAGAGAGCGUUCCCAGUCCAAUGCCUUGGCCCGAAUUCUCAGUGCUUUUCCACAGGGAAUGCGACAUCACUUGGCACGCAUUUUUCAUUGCAGAGAAGGGCGACCUAGAGAGCGAGCUGACGUGGGCAACCCAAAAAACAAGGUCAACCGAUCGCUGUGAUGGUCCGUCAACGACUCCAUUCUUCGACUUGCUCACCCCGGUUGAGAAGACCAGACUGGAGCAACACAUCAAUCAGGAGCGACAGGCCCACACGGAUGCCGACAUAGGAUCAGUUGUAGAUUUGGGCCAAGAUCCCAUCGGGCACCCCAUGAACACACUUGGACAGACGUGGCUGUACACUAUCGUGAAGGGUUGUGCGAUCGCAUGGAGCACCCACCACCAGAGGUGGAUGUGCCCGCGCGAGAUCCCCCUAGCCCAAGGGUUCGGCACCUACAGCAAGGUGAACGAUUUAGCCGCCGAGUUCUGCCCUUUCAACGCAGACAGGCUCGGCAAGGGCUUCCGCGCAAGAAAAAGGGGCGUGAUGAUAGAGCAAGCAGGCAACACCAUGCACUUGGCUGUCAUGGGCACGGCGUUCUGCUGGUGGCUUUCCCAGGGCCCGCCAAGUGCUGAUAGGGUCGCGGACGCUCUGAGUCAGUACGCAGGAUGUGAAUUUCAGGCUCUGGAGGCUCUGGGGGUUAGGACCCUCGGAGUCCUCGAGGUGCUGGUAGACCCUGAGGCCGCCGCGGCUAAAGCCGCGAUGGCCCUCAUCGCUCCUGGAGAGCCCGUUGAGGUCAUCAUGAGCAGUCCUCCCACGACCAAAGUCAAAGUCCCUGCCGCGGGCUCCGCGCCCACUGGCAGCGCUGGGCCUUUUCCGACGGCCGGGACCGGCCCGACGCAUUCUGGGACUGCGGUGGACGCAUUGUUCGGUUCUCGGGCCACCAUUGAGGACCGCGAGGGCUUCAAGGAUGUCACUGGUAGCAUGCGAUGGAAUAUGAUCGAGAAGGCCUACGUCAAGCCUCAGAGAACUACCUUACACUUGGUCGAUGAUAAAGGUGAGCGGAUUGCUUUUCGUCACAGGCUCAACCAGAGGGUCCAGAAGGUGGUCGUCCUUACUUACGCAAGGGGUGUCCUGCAGAACGGCGCGAUGGCGGCCAUGCGCGCCGCGCCGAUCGUCAUCGCAGGGGACGGCGGCAAGAUGGAGAUCAUUGGCGGGGGGACCUUGGUCGACUCCAUCUUCGUGGCCAAGAACAUGCAGCCAGAGAACCCGCACGUCGUGCGGGCGCUGGCGACAGGCAUCCCGAACUGCAUCGAGUUCGACAGUAGGACCCCAGACGACGUCAUCACGUGGGUGAAGAACGAGCAUAACAACUGGCACAGUGGAUCGAAGUACUCGUGCCUCGAGAUGUACAACGAGCUCGAGACCAUCGAAGCUGCCUGGAAGGAGCACAAGACGAAGCACAAUAUCACGGUGCAUGGGUGCCCGAGCUCCGGAGACCUGCGAUAUUCUAAGCUGUUCGAGAAGUUUGUGCUGGAGAACUUCGAAGGCGUCUUCGAGGACGGCGCUCACUUGACCAACGCGAGGUCGUUCGCGAAUGCCAUGAAGGAGAUGGGCAUCUGGGAGUGGUACAAGGACCUCCUCGGCGAGCGUUGCGACUUCCUUCGGCCAGGGCUCUCCAACCAAGUGGUUGCCUUCAACAACUACAACGUUCUGAACCUGCUCCGCACCAGAUUCAGCGACACGAUCGACGAGGGCUUCCUUACCGACAUCAUCAAGGAGUGCGUGAGGUUCAUGGUCCCGCUGGCCGAUGUGGGUUCUGCGAAUUCAGGGUCUGGCGGCAAUGGCAGGCCCGGGGCUGAGGAGUGGUUGUUUGACAAGAUGCAGAUGAAGCUGAUCAGGCUGCUCAUCUGUCCGAUGGGCGGCUCCGUCCUCUACAAGGAUGACAAGCAGGAGAAACUUCGUCAGAAGAGGGCUGCGAAGGAAUCUCGCAAGGAGCCCAAGAAGGUGGCGAAGAAGGACAAGAAGGACAACGUCAGGCAGCAGCAGAAGCCGAAGCUCACAGUGGACGAAGAGGUGAUGAGCUUAGAGACCAUGGGUCGGGACAAACUGUUUCUCGACGACCUGGCGGCCGUGAUCACCGCGCCCCUGAAAGACCUCGAGGCAGACGACAUCAACCGCGCCGAGAUCGCGUUGGUCAUUCGCGAUGGCCUUCGUUUCUGCUUCAAGGGUGAGAUCUGGAUCGCAGGGGAGACCAAAGUCGCGUGGAGCCACGUCAGGAAGGCUCUUCGCGGCGACAUCAUCAGGAUCCAUGCGACUCCGCUGAUGAAGCUCCCGGGCCUGGCUGGCGACCUUGAGAAUGCUUCGUCCGAGGAGAUCACGAGCUCUCUCCUGCACCUGUUGGCGGUGGAUGACCUUGAGGAGGCGGCGCCAGCUGGGUCGGCGAUGGCGGGCGUAGGGGCAGGAUCCGAGGUUAAGAAGUUCUACACGCCGCAGAUCGCGGCCAUCCUCCAGGAGGAGCAGUCUGGGCUCCUGGACCUUUCAAGCUUCGUGAAGUCCAAUCUCAUGUCGGCGCUCCCAGCUCGCGUGCACCCCGCCUUCAUCUCGCUGAGCUCUGUCAUUUCAAACAACAUGGUGCAUUGGGACGUCGGUGUGAAGAAUAAUCUCGAAGCCAUCCUGACGCAGAUCUCCGCCCCGCUGCUGGAUGCCAUCCCCCACUGGUGGGUGCGAUUUGCUCAGUUGGUGCCAUUGGCCAUAAAGGAGCAGAAGUCCACCGUUGAAUAUGCUUCCGGAGGUGUGUUCCCCACUGCAGACACUCUGGAGCAGUUCAUGUCGCUGCGCAUCCACUACAUGAUUGAGCUGCUCUUGAUUGCCGCUUCAUGUUCUCCAGUGCUGGCGCCGCAUGAUCAGAUCCAGGGGCUCGCGGCGUCCAUCGUCGCCAAUUUGCCGCAAGUCGUCAGCGCCCUGGACGCGAAGGCCCUGAAGCAGAUCAAUUUCCCCGAAUACUGCAGCCCAGGGCAGACGCAGCAGCACGACUUCGUCCGCGACUGGGUGUCGAUCUGGUCCGAGGUCAUUAUCUGGGGCCGCCGCGAGAUGGCCAACACGGGCAAGUUCGAGAACCUUUUGAGCGAGAUCAUCGCGCGCGAGACGGGGGCCUCGGAUUCGGCAGGUGGUGGCGCCGCUGGCGAGGGCGUGAAUGGGGCCUCGGCGGCCUCGGCUUCGGCGGACGGCGGCGCCGCUGGUGGCGGCGCGAAUGGGGCAUCGGCGGCCUCGGCUUCGGCGGACGGCAGCGGCGCCACUGGUGGCGGCGCGAGCGGCGGCAAGGGCGCCGAGGCCCCGGGCCCCCAGCAGCCUGAGGAGGAUCAGUCGACGCAUGUCAUUUCUCUCAGCGAGCUGCGCGGCCAGUGGAAGGAUGAUGAGAACGACCUGCCACCUCUGGUGCUGCGCAACGUCAUCCAGAAGAUUGAGGCCACGCUGUACGAGAAGUGCGUCGUGUCGGGCCAAACCUCCCUGAAGCCAGAGUCACAUCAGCCCGACUCGGGCACGACGUGCUUGCACUGCAACCCGGACAAGCCUGAGGAGACUCUCGUCUCGGACCGCAUGGGGAAGAAUUUCGUGGCGAACUUAUUUGGUAGAGUCGUGCGCGUGGCCUCCGCUGGUUGCAUCCCGCUGACGAAGAUCGGCAACGUCAUGCUGUAUGCUUCAGGGGAGGGCGUCGACACGACGAUGACUGACGAGUUCGUCCCAGCAUGGCUCAUUAAGGAGGCGAAGCAGGCAGAGGUCGACGCCAUGAAGGCCGGCAAGUGCACUGUGUUGGACGUGAAGUGUUCCAAGAUCCCUUUCAGCUACGCCUACACCGUCGGCAUGGAAAAGAAGAUGAUUGAGUGCGAUCUCGAUGUCUGGAGCUGCAGGUGGCCGCAAGGCCUCGAGAAGGCCAUCAACGGCCCCGUGUACCGCCAGACGGUCUCUGGCAUGCUCUCCAAGACUCCGCAGGCCACCGCCCGUCCGCGGCUAGCCAAGGACGGCACCUACAUGGCCGACCUGUUCUCUGGCUCAGGCAAGGUGGCUCGGGCAGUCACGCGGCUGGGGUUCUCAGCUAAGGCCUGGGACAUCAUCCACGGGCCCAACCAUGACAUCACGGACCCGGCUGUGCUUCGCCUAUUGUUUUCGGACGUCCGUGACGGCAAGAUUCUCGCCGCCAUGAUCGCCCUCCCUUGCACCUCGCUGACUAUCGCUCGAGAUAGGACAGCCAGCGAGAGCUUCAGGAUGCCCCUGUGGCAGCGCUUUGCGGCGCGUGUUUGGGACCUGGCGGGGGAUCCCGUCUACAACUCGCUGGGCGCGAUCAAGGUCCGCAACUACCCGCUCGGAGGCCUCGAGGGACCCCACGCCGCGAAGCUCUUCAUGUACCGGGCCCACAGGCUGAUAUUGCCCAACGACUUCCCGGCGGACCUGACCCAAGGCCGCCGGCCUUCGAGCCUGGAGGAGUGGAACGCGAUGCUGGAACGCAACCCGGCCACUCCCAAGAGCCCCGGGCUCCUGGAGCUCCACCCGCUGCUCGAGUCGCUCAAGGGCAACCCCGAGCGCAUACGGGCCAUGGCUUCCCGCGUCGUCCCGAACGGGCCGACCUUGCUGGAGCUGGGCGCGGCGACGGAGGCGCCCGAGGUGGAGCCCGUCACGCCCCUGCGGCGCGGGGCCGCCGUGUCGACGACGCCCUCCACGGGGCGCUCGUGGGCGCUGGCGACGCCCUGAGAGCCGAGAGCGCGGCGAGGCGGCUUCGCGGCGUAGAGACCACGGCGCUCGGCUCCCGGCUCUUCGGACCUCCCUCC